UAUUCUAUCCAUCGCGAGUCAUGAAAUUUGUGCUAUACAUUUCUUUUGUUAAUCUCAAUUAAAUUCAAUUAAAUUUUGAAUAGCUGCUCUUCCUUUCUUUUUCAUAACGCCGCGAUACGUGUUAUCACUUAGUUUGCUACGUAACUCGAUAGACUGUACAAUGCAUCUUUACAUUCAUACGUGUUUAACUAAACUUUAAAUCGUUUCGUUUUCAAUUAAAUCCGAAUACUUUAUUUAAGAAAAUGGAAAGCUUAAAGAGAAACCUCAGACCGCCAAAAAUGUUAUUGAAACUGUAUUCCAUAAUUAUCCUAAUACUAGAUCUCGUGACCCUCGUAUUUGGGAUGUUCUUUGCCAUUUUAAUUGCAUUCUACAGAAUAUUUAGACCUCCUCCUUUAAAAAGUCUUCGUGGGGAAGUUGCAAUGAUUGUUGGUGCAGGAAGAGGUAUAGGCAGAGAACUGACAAUUCAUUUGUGUCAGCUUGGUGUCGAUGUUGCUUGUGUAGAUAUUAAUUCUGAGAACUGUGAUGCUACUGUUCAAAUGGCAUACGGAUUGCCAGGGAUUGCUGCAAUGUACAUUUGCAAUGUAACAGAUGAAGAUAAAGUACAUACUACAGUGAAUAAUAUUCGAGCAGAGUUAGGUGAAAUUACAAUGCUUUUCCAUUGCUGCAGUAUACCAAGCCCUAGAGCAUUAAUUCAAGAUAUACCAGAAGUAAGACGUACCAUUGAUUUGGCUGUCCUUAGUCAUUUCUGGUUGAUAGACAAAGUUUUACCAAGCAUGCAACGUGCUGGUAAAGGGCACAUCGUAGUUUUGUCAUCCGUGGCUGGCUUGUCCGGAACAGGCACGGUAGGAAGCAGAGUUCCUCUCUCGACUGCACAGUUUGCAGUUCAAGGAUUAGCCGAAUCGUUGUACAGUGAACUAAGGCAUUCAAAUAAUAACAUUAUUAUCACAUUAAUUCACGUUUACCCGUUUAUCGUGGGUGCCGAAGUCGCAGAAGAUAUUCGUUUUAGAAUACCGAGUUACUUUGGCACGAUACCUGCUUCAGAGGCGGCUAAACAAAUUCUGGACGGAGUACGCCGAAAUUAUGUGGAAUUCAGCGUACCCGGAUAUUUGCUUUACUUAGGACAUAUCCUUAGAAUAUUACCAAAAAGAGCAUCGUUCAUGCUGCGCGAUCUGUUAGAUACUGGCGUCGAUUUUGGAUGAAAAUAUAUUUUUUUAUCGUAUGAGAAAUUACCUGAUAAUAAAUUUUUUAUAACGAUGUACAAAAACAUUCAAUAGUUUAUUUACAUUUCUUAUACGUCACGAGUUUCAACGAAUUAUUCAAUAAAGAUACAUACAUGUUUGCAAGUUAA